CAUACGUUUCCACAACUCCUUCCCUGUUUCGACAACAACUGCCAAAAAACCAACCUUUCGAUUGAUUUCGACCGCAAAUGGCAUCUACAUCCGAAAAACCAAAACCUUCCUCCGAUGGUUCGAUUCGAAAUUGCCCCAUCUGCAUGGACCCGCUGCUGCAGGACGACCAGACGGCAAAAUACCUCUCCUGUGCACACGCCUUCCACGAACCGUGCAUCGACCGCUGGCUCGUGGACAAAACCACCUGUCCCGUCUGUCGGAACCAGGAGCUGAAGCCACCCCCAAUCCCGCCACCCGCUCGGCAGUGGCACAUUAUGCCGCCAAUGAUGCGCGGUGCCAUUGGGGGGUCCACCAUCAUUACCACCGAGGUGCUUCCGUCGGCCGUCCGGCCACGCCAACAGUCGGUACACGGUCGCCGACGGGCCAGACGACGGGGGGCGGCGACCGGGGGGCAGAGCCGAAGCCGGAGUCGGGGUGCCAGGUCGCGAUCGCGAGCGCCUUCGGCGGCUGCCGGCAGUAACAGUGGGCAGCCACCGAGCGGACAUGAUUUGGUGUGAAAAUUUGAGGU